AAGAGACUCUUUGCAGUCAGGCAAAAUGGCUGAUGUGCUUCUCUCAGCCUUGCUACCGGUGGUGAUGAAGAAGGCAGCCGACCGUCUUCUCCAACAGUUUGGAGUGAUAUGGGGCAUGGAAGAGAAGCUAGAAAAGCUGGAAAGAACACUAUCGGCAUUCCAGUCCGUACUUGGGGAUGCAGAGCAGCGGCAAGUCAAGGAUGCAGAUGUGAAGAGGUGGUUGGCAGCGCUGAAGGAUGCAGCCUACGAAGCAGACGACAUACUGGAUGAGUUCAAUGUGGAAGCAAUGCGGCGGAAGACAGAAAUUCAGAUCGAUAUGUCAAAAAAGGUGCGCAGCUUCUUUUCUCUUCACAAUCCAGUUUGGUUUCGCUUUAAGAUGGGGCAGAAGUUGAAAGAAAUUGUCCAGAAAAUAGAUGAAAUCGCAGCUAAGAGAAAUAGAUUUGGUUUCACAGUCACAGCCCAACCACAAAACAGGGAUAGGCCACAGACCCACUCCUAUUUUGAUGAGUCAAAUGUCAUUGGUAGGGAGGAAGAUAAAAAAAAAAUAGUGAAGUUGUUGCUUGAUCAUGAUCGCAACCAGAAUGUUGCCGUCCUCCCCAUAGUUGGUAUGGGUGGACUGGGUAAGACCACACUGGCCCAAUUCGUUUACAGAGAUGAGAGGGUGGUGGAGCAUUUCGAGCUGCUCAUAUGGGUCUGUGUGUCGGAUGAGUUCGAUGUUGCAAAACUUGCUAAAGCAGUAAUAGCUUCAGCUACAGGAACUGAGUGUCAAGAAUCAAACAUGGAGUUGUUACAACGCCGCCUUCGAGAAGUUCUAAGUGGGAAACGGUAUUUACUUGUAUUAGAUGAUGUUUGGAACGAGGAUCAAGCAAAGUGGGAUGAGUUAAAAACUUUACUAGGAACUGGUGGAGAAGGGAGUAGGAUUAUCGUGACUACACGAAGUGAGCGGGCAUCAUCCAUAAUGGGUACACUCCCCACUUAUCACCUACUAUAUUUGACUGAGGAUGAUUCCUGGACAUUGUUUAGGAAGAGAGCAUUUGAAGAGGGAGCAGAAGUGCCUCCAACUCUGGAAAAAAUUGGAAAGGAGAUUGUCAAGAAAUUUGGUGGGUUACCUCUAGCAGUGAAGACACUAGGGAGCUUAAUGCAUUCCAAAAGCGAGGAAAAGGAAUGGUUGUCCGUGAGGGACAGCGAGAUUUGGAAGAUGCAGGUUGGUGAAGAUGGAAUCUUACCAGCACUAAGGUUGAGCUACACUCAUUUGCCUUCACAUUUAAAACAAUGCUUUGCUUUUUGUGCCAUAUUUCCGAAGGAUUAUGAGAUGGAAAAGGAUCUGUUGAUUCAACUAUGGAUGGCUAAUGGAUUCAUUCCAUCCGAUGGAAAAAAGGAGCUGGAGGACAAAGGGCACGAGAUUUUUAAUGAGUUGGCUUGGAAUUCCUUCUUUAAGGAUAUCAAGGAAGUUGAGGAAUAUAAUGAGUACACUGUUCACAGAUUUAGGCAUAAACUUUAUCACACAACAACUUGCAAGAUGCACGACCUCAUGCACGGCCUGGCACAAUCCAUUAUGGGGAAUGAAUGCCUUAGCACGGUGGACCCUGCCACGUUGGAAAAUAUAUCUGCGAAAACCCGUCACUUACGUACAUAUUAUGAUGUCCCACUGAAUAAUUAUCCAAAUAUUCACACUCUCCUAUCACGGACAACGGUGGCGGAUUCAUCAAAGCCGACGUCAUUGAGAGCAUUGGGUGUACAUCAAUAUGAAAUGAGACGAUUGCCUAUUUCAAUUGGAUUUCUGAAACACCUAAGAUACCUGGACCUCUCUCGUACUGAUAUAAAAGCAUUACCUAAUGCCACCAGCACGCUUUUCAAUCUACAAACUCUGAAACUCUCUCACUGCUGGAGUCUACAAAAGCUGCCCAAAGACAUGAGAAAUAUGAUUAGCCUGAGGCAUCUCUGCAUUGACCGAUGUGAUAGUCUGAAGCAUCUGCCAGCAGGUAUAGGGCAAUUAAGCAGCCUGCGAACAUUGACGAAAUACAUUGUAGGCAAUGAUGCUGGAAGGCGUAUAGGUGAGUUGAAUAGCUUAGAUCUCGGUGGCUUUCUAGAGCUGUAUAACCUGAGGAAUGUGAGGGAUGCAGCAGAUGCGGAAUAUGCUAAUCUCAGUUCCAAACAUAACCUUCGCUCAUUAAUAUUAUGCUGGGAUAUGAUUGCGUGGAAUGCCCCUUAUUGUUAUGAUUGUGAAGAUGUUUUGCCAACCAGAAAUGCUGAAGAGGUGUUGGAAGCCCUUAGACCUCCUGUUGGCUUAAAGUUGCUGGCAAUUUGGCGCUAUGGGGGAGACAGAUUUCCAACGUGGAUGAUGGACCUGCGGCAGUUAGUUGAAAUCCAUCUUGGAGUUUGCACAGGUUGCGAACAUAUCCCGCCUUUGUGGCAGCUACCUUUCCUUAAAUUUCUCUACUUGAUUAAGAUGGAUAGCGUCAAGCACAUCUGCAGCAGCACCAUCUACGGCAAUGCAAGUAAUGGCACAGUACAAGCAUUCCCCUCAUUGCAGAAACUAGUGUUGGAUACGAUGAAGAACUUGGAGAACUGCUUAGGAUCAUUGAUUGCCCAAAUUUGA